AUGUUCUUUGCAUUAUCCUUACUUGCUAAGUGUGAAGAGGAUGUUCUUGGAACUUAUGAUCCAUACACCCACGCACACCUUCCACCAAUUUCUAACGACGUUAUUGACGCCCGUGCCCAAUUCAUUGAUUUUCCAGACAACAAAAUCCCAACAAAUGGUCAGACCUAUGUUCGCCUUGUAGGCACAUACAAGGCCAUCGGAAACAAUGAACUUCAAGUUCAAGCAGUCUUUGGCCAUCUCUACACACUUGAAGGUGAAUGGGUUACCAACUACACAACAUUUGCUUACCCAUGCCGUGCCAAUUCUGAAGAGUCCAUCACAUCCAGCCACUACUUCGAAUGGCAUAGUGAAAUCGAUCCAGCUCAAUACAUCAUUGAUGCUUAUGCCAUCGUCACAAACACAGACGGCAAGAACUAUUCUGCACUCGUCCUUAACCAGACCGUUGAAUUCGUUGAAAUCACCAACUACAAGGAGACAAUUGGCUCUGCUUUCCUUUAUCUUCUUGUUAUCUUCGUUCUCGGCGGCAUCAUCUACCUUAUCCUUUCCAAGGAUCAGAGAACAACAAUGUCCACAGUCGCUGCCCAGUCCAAGGCUUCUAAGAAGAAAGUUCUCGACUACUCCGAAAUCCAUACCUCUGACCGCUCCUCAUCCCCAGGAGUCACAAAGAGAACAAAGUCUCCAUCCAACAAAUAA